GUUACAAAUUAUUUUAUGAAUGUCUGAGGAGUCAUGCGACAACAGCAAGUAUAACAAGCGUGAUUACUGGGACCAGCGAUACACUAACGAGACCGAAUACGAUUGGUUACCUUCAAUUUACCCUGCUUGUGUCCAGGCUGUGUUUAGUUCUGUGGAAAAAGUUUACGAAGAGGAACACCGGCGUUGUCCAUGCGAUAAGAGUAGGGAGCCACAUGUGAUUAAAGUUCUUCAUCUUGGUGUUGGUAACUCGAAUUUGUGUGUCGAUCUGUAUAACCACUACAUCAAAAAAUACUCGGACCCUAAGGCUGCUCCUUACCAUCUAGUGCAAGUUGCCAUAGAUUACUCUGAAGUAGUCAUAGAGAAGAUGCAAUUGAAACACGCCGAUUUUUCGAAUCUACACUGGGUGGUGGCUGAUGUGCGUGAUCUAGAAGAGGUGCGGCGUCUCUACGGGCCGUCCUUUGAUGUUGUCAUCGAUAAAUGCAUGAUGGAUGCAUUUCAAACGGACAAAGAUAGUUCAAGAAUGAAAGAGGAUAUCUAUCGAAUGCUUCACGAGGUAAGCUUAUGCUUUACAGAUCCAGAUCGAACAAGUCCUCGGCGGUAUGGGCAGUUCAUUCAAAUAACCUGGGAAAUACCUUAUUUCCGAUUACAUUAUACUUUAGCAAAGGAAUCAUCUACUAUGUUUGCUUGGGGAGCCAAUGCAAGCUACCGAUUUCUGGGUGAUAGCGAUUUGUAUCGUCUAUAUGUUUAUGAAGUUCAGCCGUAAGUUGCUUAAUUUGUACACAAGAAGACGUUCUAUAGUGUCAACGGCCUAUUGAUUACUUCUCAUCACCUUUUUAAUAAAGUAAGGGGAUUUUUAUUAAACAUGAUAGCUUGGAUUAUAAUUUUUUUUCAAGGUGAACUUCACCGUUGAGGAAGGAACAU